GGCGGCGAUGGUAACGUGUGGGCUUGAUUAUUAUGCAGCCAAAGAGCCUGGGUAAUAGAGCUAUCAGUGAGAGGCAGAAAGAGCUCUCGGCGCGGAUCGCUCAGUUUCCUUUUCUCUCUCUGCUCUCUUAUCCUCGGGCACAGCUCGGAGGUGGCAGGUGACCAGUCUGUCUGUCUGUCUGUCUGCUGAACCCCAGCGGCGGAUGUUCUUGGGCACCUUCUUCCCACCGCGGUGAGGCUGGACGGAUAAACUCACCAUGGCGCUGGAAGCGGAGGGGAACAAGCUGCAGCUGCAGGACGUGCUGGCGAGACCGGGCAACGACAAGUGCGCGGACUGCGGCAAUCCAGAACCAGACUGGGCGUCGCUGACUUUGGGUGUGUUUGUUUGCCAGGCCUGCUCGCUCCUUCACCGGAGCAUCCCACACAUCAGCCGGGUCAAGUCUGUCCAGGACACAUGGGAUGCCAGCGACGUGGAGUUAAUGGCUGCAAUGGGAAACAGUGCAGCCAAGGCCAAAUAUGAGCAGAAGGUUCCGGCUUUCUACUAUAGACCAACACACACUGACUGCAAACUGCUGAGAGAGCAGUGGAUCAGAGCCAAGUACGAAAGGAACGAGUUUGAAUUUAUCGAGAAGCAAGAGCCAUACUCUGCAGGGUACCGAGAGGGGUUUCUAUGGAAACGAGGAAGAGACAACGGUCAGUUUCUCAGCAGAAAGUUUGUCCUGUCAGAGAGGGAGGGAGCGCUGAAAUACUUCAACAAGCAGGAUGCCAGAGAUCCCAAGGCAAUAAUGAAAAUAGAAACCCUCAAUGCCACCUUCCAGCCUGCCAAGAUUGGCAACCCCUGCGGACUGCAGAUCACCUACCUGAAAGACAACAGCACAAGGAACAUCUUUGUUUACCACAGCGACGCCAAGGAGAUGGUCGACUGGUUCAAUGCUAUCAGAGCUGCCAGGUUCCACUACCUGCAGGUUGCCUUCCCGGGAGCGAGUGACGAAGAGCUGGUGCCCAAACUGACCCGAAGCUUUAUGAAGGAAGGCUUUAUGGAGAAAACGGGUCCAAAGCACACUGAGGGCUUCAAGAAGAGGUGGUUUACGAUGGAUGACAGGCGGCUCAUGUAUUUCAAAGACCCUCUGGAUGCCUACGCCCGCGGGGAGGUGUUCAUCGGCAGCAAAGAGAACAGCUACACUGUCCUGGCUGGCUUGCCUCCGUCCACACAGGGCUACCACUGGAACCACGGCAUCACCAUCGUCACGCCAGACAGGAAGUUCCUCUUUGCCUGUGAGACCGAGGCCGAGCAACAGGACUGGAUAGCCGCUUUCCAGAGGGUCAUAAAUCGACCAAUGAGGCCACAGGAGUACGCAGUGGAGGCCCAUUUCAAACACAAGCCUUGAAAUCUGCUGGAAACCAAGCGCUCAACUGGACCAGCCCGGUCUCAUUCAGAUCAGAGACGGCCCCAGCGUGCGACCACUGACCAUGGCUAGAAGAGGCGGGGUGGGUCUUACGGGUCACGUGGGGUUUUAGGGAUGGGCCGAGAUGGGAAAACACGAAGAAAGGAAAGAAAACACCGGCAGGACUCCAGUCUGUCUCGUGUAGGAAGCCUAAAACUCUAACGGGACUCGAGGCCCCUCAUGGGGUGCUCCAAGGCCAAAGGGUAGAUGAUGUCAUCACUCUUGCGCUUACCAACCUUGUGUUGUACAUUAUCACAUCAGAAACCCUUUCCUCUCCUCUCCUCAGCCAUGUGGACCCCUCCCCUUGCAACAAGCUCCUCCUCCCCCUUCCCAACCAGAAUUUUUUGUCUUGUGAAUGGUUCAUUCUGUCUGUAAUCUAAUGUAAUUAUGUAAUCUAGAGUCAUUUCACUGGUUGCUUAACAAAGACAAUGCAUUGUUAAUUUAUUGAAUGUACAGUUUUGAUGACAGUGGCUUAUUCUGUGUGCGUGCGACGUUUUUCAUUGAGGACACUGUGAGGUUGAACCUCCCGCACUAAAACCCUGGUAAACCUGAAAUCUGCAAAGUGCUGUUAACAACAAAUAUGCAUACGAAACACACAAACAUACACACAACAAUCUCUCAGUGAGCCCCUCUGCUGUUUCGGCAGCACGAGAUGGCAUAUCUGCAUCCAGGCAGGGUUACCUUUCAAACCUCAAUCUGACAGAUGUUCUCUUAUUUAUUUGUACUGUUGAACAUACUGAGUCAUCGUAGACGGUUAUCGCUGCUUUCCAGGAUUGUAAUGUGACAGGAUUGUAAUUUAUAUGACACUUCUACAGACAUUUCGUUUAAUCUUUGCAUCUUGUUUUAAAGACACAUGGUUGUGUUGAUCCUUAAAUCACAGUGAUAGUUUGUUUCAUUAUAAAAUCAAUACAAAUGAUCCUGAAAUGA